CCACACACAACAUUGUGAUCGAUAGGUAGUUUUAGGUCGUACCAAUUCUUUAUUUGCGCGAUAGAAUUUUUGCUUUACAAUCAUGGUAAAAGAUUUAGAUUUUAUUGGUGAUAUAAAUGAUAAAUAUGCUGCACUGGAGUUGGAGUUAGAGGAGAAGCUUGAAGCAGUGAUAAAACAAGAACUUACCCUUGAUCCUAAUGAGGUGAAGUGUAAUAAAAAGAUGCACUCUAACAAAGCGGAAGCCGUCCAUUUCUUGUUGGAAACAGCAAGACGUAGAAAUUAUGAGCUGUUGAAAUCAUUAGAAAUUUCCAAAGCAAGACUGCGGUCCCGUGCUACAUUUAGUCCGCUGGAAGCUAUUCUUCAAAAGGCGAUUGGAAAUUAUCUGAAAGAAACAUCUCUCGUUCCAUGCAGUACGAAAAAAGUUUACGGUCCCACGUAUGUUUAGUAAAGUUGUAAUCCUACAAAAACCCAACACAGGUCGCAAAUUGUUCGUUGUCGUCUUUGAACUUUGUGUUUUUGCAAAUAAACUAAUGUAUGAUGAAUGAAAAAUCAAAA